AACGAAACGAAGGUGUUGUCGUCUGCUGCUGUCUGCUAAGUGCUAAUGUCAUUUUAGUGCUCAGACCUACCAGCGUUUUCAAGUUUCAAAAUGAGCAACGGGAAUGUGUUGAUCGUUCUAGGAAAAAAUGGAAGUAAAAAAUUUGAACUACAAGUUACCUUUCAAACUACCGUUGGCGAAUUGUGUGCUGAAAUCGAAAAAGAAACGGAUAUACCUGUUAACUGUCAAAGAGUUAUUUACAACGGACGAGCUCUAAAUAAUCACGCUGAAGACAUGCAAAAAGACCUGCAUAAUCUAGGGUUAAAAUCCCCUGCCAAAGUGCUAGUGCUUGGUAAGAAACCAGAUGAAGAGGAUGAAAAUUACAAAUUGAUGAAGAAAUGGGAGAUUUCUUGUGAUUCAGUCACAAAUCAAGUUAGUAGCAUUGAAAAAGACAUCCUUGAAAUGGAAAGGGGGUUUGCUCCUAAGGAAUUGUUUGACAAUCUACCAAAAGUUGAAAAAAAGAUAAACUGUCUAGCAGAAGAAUUAAUGAAGAUUUUGAUAUCCCUUGAUGCACUAAGUUUCAAAGAAGACCAGAAAGUGGCUAGGGCAAAAAGGAAAUGUAUAAUUGAUAAAAUUCAUUCGUUGCAUAAAAAAUGUGAUGAAAUGGUUGCUUCAGUGAAGCAGUUGCAAAGUACAAAAUCUUAAUGGUGGGUUAAGUAAUCCAAAUACGGAAAUAUAUAAAAUGUUUAAUAUUCUGCCUUAUUAAUUAUAUAUUACUAUGUAAGCAAAUGUUGUGGAUUGUAAUUACAUUUUCAUAGAAUGGUUAAAAGUGAAAGUGACUCAACGCGCGCGUGUUAAACCGUUCAACUGUUAGUGGUAAACGUCCAACUGUUGGGCCUGAACGUCCAUUGAAAUGCUAAUAAUACAAUGAAUGUAUUUAAUGUGA